AUGCUCACGCACAGCCAGGUACACAAACUCUGUCUGCAUUAUGGCCCGCUCAUCGGGCACAUCAACGAAGAGCCUUUCCACGAUUUCCCCACGCCGGAUGCCCUGACGGGCAAGCAGGUCGAGUCGCACCUCCGCGAGCUCGGAUUCGGCUAUCGCGCCAAGUACAUCGCCGAGACGGCACGUGUCGUUUCCUCGGAGAAGCCCAAGGGGUGGCUGGCAAGCCUGGCGAACCCAGCGAACCCAAAUUUCCGCGCCGCAUCCGAGGCCGAGGACGAGAAGAUCCUGUCACCACCGACGUACAAGGAGGCACACGAGGCGCUGCUCGCCCUCGCUGGCGUGGGUCCCAAGGUGGCAGACUGCGUGUGUCUCAUGGGCCUUGGGUGGGGGGAGGCUGUGCCCGUGGACACGCACGUGUGGCAGAUUGCGCAGAGGGACUACAAGUUUGGCAAGAGCAGGACGAAGACGUUCAGCAAGGCCAUGUACGAUGCGGUGGGAGAUCACUUUCGGCAGCUGUGGGGGGAGUAUGCGGGGUGGGCGCAUUCCGUCUUGUUCACGGCCGAUCUCAAGACGUUUGAAGGGAGGGUGGCCAAGAAAGAAGAGGAGGAAGUGUUGGCUGUGAAGGGAGAGGCUGGCAAGGAUGCGAUUGUAAAGAUUAAGCAGGAAGUCGUGGAAGAUGAGGCGUCCCCGCCUUUGAUGGGAAAGAAGCGCAAGACUGUCCAGACGAAGGUCAAGAUUGAGGUUGAGAAAGCGGCAGAUGCACAACCCAAACGGAGGAGGACUCGGUCUCAGAAGGCACUGUGA